AUGGGCCAGGGCGAUGAAAGUGAUCGUAUUGUGAUCAAUGUGGGAGGGACGAGGCACCAGACUUACCGCAGCACCUUACGCACCUUGCCUGGCACUCGGCUGGCCUGGAUCGCUGAGCCAGAUGCCCACAGUCACUUUGACUAUGACCCCCGUGCAGAUGAAUUCUUCUUUGAUCGGCACCCAGGUGUCUUUGCCCACAUCCUGAACUAUUACCGGACAGGUAAGCUGCAUUGCCCAGCAGAUGUGUGUGGACCUCUGUAUGAGGAGGAGCUAGCCUUCUGGGGCAUUGAUGAAACAGAUGUGGAGCCUUGUUGUUGGAUGACCUAUAGGCAGCAUCGUGAUGCUGAAGAGGCCCUGGACAGCUUUGGUGGAGCACCUCUGGAUAGCAGUGCUGAUGAUGGAGAUGCAGAUGGCACAGGAGACUCAGGUGAUGGUGAAGAGGAGCUGGAGAUGACUAAACGCCUAGCCCUGAGUGACUCCCCAGAUGGAAGGCCUGGGGGCUUUUGGAAGAGGUGGCAGCCCCGGAUCUGGGCGCUCUUUGAAGAUCCCUAUUCCUCCAGAUAUGCAAGGUAUAUCGCAUUUGCCUCCCUCUUCUUCAUUCUGGUUUCCAUCACUACCUUUUGCCUCGAGACCCAUGAGAGAUUUAAUCCUAUCGUUAACAAGACAGAGAAGGAAAUUGUUGGGAAUGACACCCAGGUGCGGGUCUAUCAGGAGACUGAGACGGAGGCUUUCCUGACCUACAUUGAAGGGGUCUGCGUGAUUUGGUUUACUUUUGAGUUUCUGAUGAGGGUCAUUUUCUGCCCCAACAAGAUGGAAUUUAUCAAAAAUACCUUGAAUAUCAUUGACUUUGUGGCCAUUCUCCCUUUUUACCUGGAGGUUGGACUCAGUGGCCUGUCUUCCAAAGCUGCUAAGGACGUUUUGGGUUUCUUGCGGGUGGUCCGGUUUGUGCGAAUCCUGCGAAUUUUCAAGCUGACCCGCCACUUCGUAGGACUGCGGGUUUUGGGUCAUACUCUCCGUGCCAGCACAAAUGAAUUCUUGCUGCUCAUCAUCUUCUUGGCACUGGGCGUCUUAAUCUUUGCCACGAUGAUCUACUACGCCGAGAGAAUAGGUGCUAAACCCAAUGACCCUAGUGCCAGCGAACACACACAUUUUAAAAAUAUCCCCAUUGGCUUCUGGUGGGCUGUUGUCACCAUGACUACCCUGGGCUACGGAGACAUGUAUCCUCAGACUUGGUCAGGCAUGCUGGUGGGGGCCCUCUGUGCUCUUGCAGGUGUGCUGACCAUUGCCAUGCCUGUACCCGUCAUUGUGAACAAUUUUGGAAUGUAUUACUCCUUAGCUAUGGCUAAGCAGAAGCUACCAAAGAAAAAAAAGAAGCAUAUCCCGCGGCCGCCCCAGCUGGGAUCCCCCAAUUAUUGUAAAUCUGUCAUAAACUCUCCACACCACAGUACUCAGAGCGACACAUGCCCGCUCGCCCAAGAAGAAAUGUUAGAAAUUAACAGAGCAGAUUCGAAACUGAAUGGGGAGGUGGCCAAGGCGGCGCUGGCAAAUGAAGACUGUCCCCACAUAGACCAGGCUAUGUCACCUGAGGAAGGUCUGCCAUUUACCCGUUCUGGCACUCGGGAGAGAUAUGGACCUUGCUUCCUCUUAUCAACCGGGGAAUAUCCCUGCCCGCCUGAUGGAGGAAUAAGAAAGGAUCUUUGCAAAGAAAGUCCUGUCAUUGCUAAAUAUAUGCCAACAGAGGCAGUCAAAGUGACUUGA